AUGGAAAGUAAUCAUGGAAAAGUUGUUGUAGCUGCCGCAUUAUCAAAUAAGUCGGUACCAUUAAUGAAGAAGGAAUUUUCUUGCAAGUAUUGCAAUAAGAAGUUCAGUAGUUACCAAGCCUUGGGUGGGCAUCAUAAUGCUCACAAGGCUGAAAGAGAAGCAGAAAAACAAAACAAGAUUCUUAGCAACGCUUCUGCUUAUUAUAAAAAAUCAUUUGUUGGUUGGUUUGUUUAUUCAAACCAUAAUGCUUAUGGUUAUGGGUUUGGUGGCAAAACAUUAGGGGUUUCACCACUAUCCAUGACUCGUUUUAAGCCCUUCUAUUAUAUGAGUGUCACACGUGACUAUCAACAUGUUACUGCAUGA